AUGGAUGACGAGCGUCUACCCAAGCGACUCUUCUAUGUCGCAACGGAUACAGCACGACAAGGCGGUCAAAAGCGAUGCGACAAGGACACCCUCUUAAUCAACUGCAAACUAACCAGGAAACCUAGGAGGACCUCACCUAGGAUCACUGGCUUAGAAAAAAGCAGUGAAGGCAGGAGCAGCAAGCUGCGAAACCAACCGGAUCGCCUCAACCAAAGCCAAAAGAGCAGCCCGCAAGUCUCAAACGCGUCUGAUCCACAACAUCAACAUCCAACCCCUGCCAACAUGCCCAUACUGUCAACGAACACUUCGCUCGCGGAUCGGUAUCGUCAGACAACUCCCGAUAUAAUUCUACAGCAACCUGCUGCCUCCGCAAAUGCCCCGUCGUCACACCUGCACCAACCCAUCAACAAGCCUACGACGACGACCACCACCACCACAACCACCACUAAAAUCACCACCAUCAAAACCGCCUCCUGCCGCAGUCAAUGA